AUGAUACAAAAAGUCUACAGACUCAGACCUCCUCACUCCCUCAGGUCCACAGACUCAGACCUCCUCACUCCCUCAGGUCCACAGACUCAGACCUCCUCACUCCCCCAGACCCACAGACUCAGACCUCCUCACUCCCUCAGGUCCACAGACUCAGACCUCCUCACUCCCUCAGGUCCACAGACUCAGACCUCCUCACUCCCUCAGGUCCACAGACUCAGACCUCCUCCCUCCCUCAGGUCCACAGACUCAGACCUCCUCACUCCCUCAGGUCCACAGACUCAGACCUCCUCACUCCCUCAGGUCCACAGACUCAGACCUCCUCACUCCCUCAGACCCACAGACUCAGACCUCCUCACUCCCUCAGGUCCACAGACUCAGACCUCCUCACUCCCUCAGACCCACAGACUCAGACCUCCUCACUCCCUCAGGUCCACAGACUCAGACCUCCUCACUCCCUCAGGUCCACAGACUCAGACCUCCUCACUCCCUCAGGUCCACAGACUCAGACCUCCUCACUCCCUCAGGUCCACAGACUCAGACCUCCUCACUCCCUCAGGUCCACAGACUCAGACCUCCUCACUCCCCCAGACCCACAGACUCAGACCUCCUCACUCCCUCAGACCCACAGACUCAGACCUCCUCACUCCCUCAGGUCCACAGACUCAGACCUCCUCACUCCCUCAAGUCCACAGGGUCGGACCUCCUCACUCCCUCAGACCUCCUCACUCCCUCAGACCCACAGACUCAGACCUCCUCACUCCCUCAGGACCACAGACUCAGACCUCCUCACUCCCUCAGGUCCACAGACUCAGACCUCCUCACUCCCUCAGGUCCACAGACUCAGACCUCCUCACUCCCUCAGGUCUACAGACUCAGACCUCCUCACUCCCUCAGGUCCACAGACUCAGACCUCCUCCCUCCCUCAGGUCCACAGACUCAGACCUCCUCACUCCCUCAGGUCCACAGACUCAGACCUCCUCACUCCCUCAGGUCCACAGACUCAGACCUCCUCACUCCCUCAGGUCCACAGACUCAGACCUCCUCACUCCCUCAGGUCCACAGACUCAGACCUCCUCACUCCCUCAGGUCCACAGACUCAGACCUUCUCACUCCCUCAGGUCCACAGACUCAGACCUCCUCACUCCCUCAGGUCCACAGACUCAGACCUCCUCACUCCCUCAGGUCCACAGACUCAGACCUCCUCACUCCCUCAGGUCCACAGACUCAGACCUCCUCACUCCCUCAGGUCCACAGACUCAGACCUUCUCACUCCCUCAGGUCCACAGACUCAGACCUCCUCACUCCCUCAGGUCCACAGACUUAGACCUCCUCACUCCCUCAGGUCCACAGACUCAGACCUCCUCACUCCCUCAGGUCCACAGACUCAGACCUCCUCACUCCCUCAGGUCUACAGACUCAGACCUCCUCACUCCCUCAGGUCCACAGACUCAGACCUCCUCACUCCCUCAGGUCCACAGACUCAGACCUCCUCACUCCCUCAGGUCCACAGACUCAGACCUCCUCCCUCCCUCAGGUCCACAGACUCAGACCUCCUCACUCCCCCAGACCCACAGACUCAGACCUCCUCACUCCCUCAGGUCCACAGACUCAGACCUCCUCACUCCCCCAGACCCACAGACUCAGACCUCCUCACUCCCUCAGGUCCACAGACUCAGACCUCCUCACUACCUCAUGUAG